AUGUUUCUAUCAAUUUUCUCGAUUUUCUUGUUGUCAAUCCCACAAAUCCAUUCUAUUAAUACAAUUCCCGCUGUACACGGCCAACCAUUAAUAAACCUAGCCGAACGCUUAAUCCAUUCUAUAAUCAAUUACGAUCUCGUCGGAACUUUGAAUCUAAUCACCCAACCCUUUCAUAUUCUCAAUGCUCAAAAUCAACGAUUGCAUCAUAAUGAUGAGAUGGAAGAACUUUUCAACCUAAUUCAUCAUCAGAAUUCGAUUGCUAUUGUAUUACGAGUUUGCGAUGGGAAAACUAAAGGAAAUCGAUUGAACAAGCAGGAAAAAGAGUUUGAUAUCAAAACAUCGGCUGCUCAAUUCAAACUUUUGACAUUACUCCAAAAUAAAUCCUAUAAAUUUUUCGCACUGAAAAAUGAGACAGGAAGGGCGAAUCAUACAAGAUGUUAUGAAAAUCCUCAACAGAGAAAUUUGUUUGGAAGCUCACAUUGA